AUGCCAUGGUCCAAGAUGGGAGGGUCGUUGGUAUACUUGACUGGGAGUAUGCUGCCUAUUUUCCUAUCUGGUAUGGAUAUCUCGGCCUCUCUCGGUUUUACAGAUAUGGACGUUGAAUGGAUGAGUUUGCUGCAAGAGCGCUUAGGCGCACACGGCGAGGGGUAUGAAGAUGCCAAGGCAUUUUGGAAGGAUAUGUGUAAUCUAAGACGGUAUCUGGAUUUGGAUGAGAAGGGUCAGGAAACAUUGAAGAGACUAUCUUAG